GCGGCCUCGCCUCCUCUCUCUCUCUGCGCCUGGGUAGGGUGGGUGACGCCGAGCGCGAGAUGUCGGAUUUUGAUAGUAACCCGUUUGCAGACCCGGAUCUCAACAACCCUUUCAAGGACCCAUCAGUUACACAAGUGACAAGAAAUGUCCCACCAGGACUUGAUGAAUACAAUCCAUUCUCGGAUUCUAGAACACCUCCACCGGGCAAUGUGAAAGUGCCUAACGUACCCAGUACACAACCAGCAAUAAUGAAACCAACAGAGGAACAUCCGGCUUAUACACAGAUUGCAAAGGAGCAUGCCUUGGCCCAAGCUGAACUUCUUAAACGCCAGGAAGAACUAGAAAGAAAAGCAGCAGAAUUAGAUCGUCGAGAACGAGAAAUGCAAAAUCUCAGUCAACACGGCAGAAAAAACAAUUGGCCACCUCUUCCUGACAAUUUUCCUGUGGGACCUUGUUUCUAUCAGGAUUUUUCUGUAGACAUUCCUGUAGAAUUCCAAAAGACAGUAAAGAUUAUGUACUACUUAUGGAUGUUCCAUGCUGUAACACUGUUUCUAAAUAUCUUCGGAUGCUUGGCUUGGUUUUGUGUUGAUCCUCCAAGAGGGGUUGAUUUUGGAUUGAGUAUCCUGUGGUUCUUGCUUUUUACUCCUUGUUCAUUUGUCUGUUGGUACUGACCACUUUACGGAGCUUUCAGGAGUGACAGUUCAUUCAGAUUCUUUGUAUUCUUUUUUGCCUAUAUUUGUCAGUUUGCUGUGCAUGUACUCCAGGCUGCAGGAUUUCAUAAUUGGGGUAACUGCGGUUGGAUUUCAUCCCUUACUGGUCUCAACAAAAGUAUUCCUGUUGGAAUCAUGAUGAUAAUCAUAGCAGCACUUUUCACAGCAUCAGCAGUCAUCUCACUAGUUAUGUUUAAAAAGGUACAUGGACUGUAUCGCACAACAGGUGCUAGUUUUGAGAAGGCCCAACAAGAGUUUGCAACAGGUGUGAUGUCCAACAAAACUGUCCAGACUGCAGCUGCAAAUGCAGCUUCAACCGCAGCAACUAGUGCAGCUCAGAAUGCUUUCAAGGGUAACCAAAUUUAGAGUCUUCAAACAAUACAUUGUUACCUUCUGACUGUACUUUUUUCUC